AUGCUGGCUCUCAGUAUUGUCUUGUAUGCCCUAUUGGGCACCUCUUUGGUUUUCGCCAUUAUUGAGUUAGGUCUCUCGGCUUUCAUCGUAGCCGCAUACUCUGGCGCACAUGAAAUCACCACCUGGAAUGCAUAUUCGGGCUAUUCAUACGGCCAGGUCAAUUUGGAUCCUCCGGCUAUCCUCGUAUUCCUUGUGUUUUCUUCGGUUUGGACUAUUUUUGUGACAGUCGCCGCCCUAGUACUGCCCUGGUACUAUACUCGCAAGGGUUCCGUGACCGCAAAGCUCAACACUGUCCUCUCCGCUACCUUCGUGGCCGUUUACUUCGUUACCAUGGUAUUCUGGCUGGCAUGCUUUGCUGAUCUUGCCAGUCUCCUUGGUGGUGGUACUAGUGUAAACCCCUACUACAAUGCCGUGCUUGCCUUCGGCGUGCUCCUUUGGCUACUAUUCGUUGCCCUCGUCGUAUUCACCAUUCUUGCCAUGUGUGGUGUUUUGGUAUCGGACUGGGCUGGGUACCAGUCUCUCAGAAAGGAGAACGGGGUUGCUGCGAACCAGACUAGCGUAGGCUCUGCCCAUGAAGCGCCGAUGGCCGAACAAUCAAUCGCUUAG